CAUCUCCAGCAGCCCUCCCCCCAUGACCGUUGCACAGUUCAAACCCCUCAAAACGGCCACUCCCCCGAGCCAGUCAAGCGUACACCCCCAGGCCCCAGGCUCUCACCGGCCGAGAAAGCGAAAGCGAAAGCGAAAGCCGCCGCGGUUAGAAGAGAGAGCAGAGGCAGACCGAGAGGAGAAGAGGGAGCACGCGCGCGGCCGCCGCGAGCCGAGAUGGGGUGCAUCUCCUCGAAGCUCCUCCCGCCGGGGCCAGGCGGCGACGGCAGACGCGCCACGGUACGCGGCCGCGUCGACCACGUCGUCUCCCUCACCUCCACCACCUACGGCGUCCUCGACAUCCACCCCAAGCACGGCGCCGCCGCCGCGCCUGCCGCUGCUCCGGAAGAGAAGGAGGAAGAGGAGAAGGAGCAGCCACCGCCGCCGCCGCAGGACAAGCCGAUAAGCAAGGAGUGGAAGCGCGCCAGCAUGCGCCCGCCGCCGCUCGUCAUCCCGACCGCUGACAAGAAACCGGCGGCGGCGGCGGGGAAGCCGGAGUCCGGUCUGGAGGUGAUCAACGCGUGGGAGAUCAUGGCCGGGCUGGAGGAGGACGCCGACGCCGCCGCGGCCGCGGCCGGGUCGCCGGCGAAGAAGCCGUCCAAGCCGGGCCGGUGGUCGCCGGCCAGGGUCAUCGCCAUGGCCCUGCCGUCGCCCAAGAGGUCGGCGGCGAGGCGGAAGAACACGCCGGGGAAGGAGAACAGCCCGCUCCAGCGCUGCUCCGGGAACACCGGCAACAAGGAGAAGCCCGCCGGCGACAUCGACAACGACAGGGUGCUCCGCCCGUACAACUCCAUCGACAACUCCAAGCUGUCGAUGGCGUCCAAGAAGUUCUCCCCCGGGAGCGCCCGGAUCGUCCGCAAGCCAGGCACCGCCGAGACCGGCCGCGGCGGCGGUGGCGGCAUGUCGUCGUCGCGCCGCAGCCUGAGCCCGCUGUUCGACCCAGAGCUGCUCGCGUCCAUCGAGCGCGAGCUGUCGGAGGAAGGCGCCCACAUCAAGCGGAUGGUCGGGUCCGAGAAGCCCAAGCACCCGAAGGCGGCGCCGCCGGCGAUUGUGGCCGAUGGCAAGUGCCCGCCGGGGGGCGCCGACGCCGUCGUCCUCUACACCACCACCCUCCGCGGCAUCCGCAGGACCUUCGAGGAGUGCAACGCGGUGCGUGCCGCGAUCGAGGCCCACGACGUGAAGGUGAUCGAGCGCGACGUCUCCAUGGACUCGGGCUACCGCGAGGAGCUGCGGCUGCUGCUGGGCGGGCGGGAGGUGCGCGUGCCCGCCGUGUUCGUCCGGGGCAGGCACGUCGGCGGCGCCGCCGAGGUGGCGAAGCUGGAGGAGGACGGCAAGCUGAAGGCGCUGCUGGAGGGACUGCCCCGGGCGCGGGUCUGGUGCGCGGGCUGCGCCGGCGUGCGCUUCGUCAUGUGCCGCGACUGCAACGGCAGCCGCAAGGUGCUCGACGCCGAGCGCAAGGAGACUACCAAGUGCGACGAGUGCAACGAGAAUGGCCUCGUCCGGUGCCCGAUCUGCACCUGAUUGGCUGAUUCCUGACGGGAUUGUCGCUGGGACGAGAUGGUGAGCAGGGUGGAUGUGGCGAUUGGUGGUGUGGAAGUCUGUUGUGGAUUUGCUGUGUUGCAUUGGGUUGAUCUGCCUGUCUACCCGCCGGCUGGUUUCGAUUUUGCGAUGCGAAAGUGCCUGUUGCUCUCGGCAACAGCUGCCGUUGUAAGAUGAACUGAUUCAUAUUGUUUCGUAUGUAGUUUAAUUCCCUAAUUUAUUCAUAAUGUAACUUAAUUGCUUCUCAUUGAUUCCGUGUUGAUGAUUUGAGAUAUAAUUGCUCCAAUGUCAA